AGCAACACAGAAGCAGCAGCAGCAGCGGCAGCAUCAGCGGACGCGCAAGAGGAACUUCGAUCGAGAACGAUAAACGCGACCAGGCAGCACUCCGAUCGCUGUGAACGAAUCACGCGUCUCUCUCUCCUCUCUUCGUCUCACCCCGCGUUUGCGAGAAGACUCGACGAAAUCGGCUGCGGAUCCACGAACGCCUGCAGAUUUUGCCGGAUCUCCUCGCGAGUUAUUUUUAGACGAGCAGAUAAGGGAGGCGGCGAGGAGUGGCCGAGCUGUUGGCCCACCUCUUCUCCCCCUGCGCCUUUUGCGCACUUCGCGUGGCGCUCAGCUCUCGGCAGACGCCAGAGGCCUCUUCCCGCAAGAAGUUUUUAAACAAGACAGACGUUUAACCCUCGACCCACCAAACAAGUCGUCGUGUUACAGCUUUGUUACCAAAGGCAGGCGAGGGUGUAAUCGGCAUCAUCAGCAGCAGUAGAAGAAGAACCGCGCUCUCGAGAUGGAUCUAGAACCGCACUAUGUUGCGCAUUCGCGCGGAGAUCGCAUGAACGGCUCCCCCGAGGAGGAGCUCCGCGGCCAGGAGGUGCAGGCAGAGGACGAGAUCCCGGCUGGCGAGAAGGAGCUUGCCGAGGACGCGCCAUGGAAGAAGAUUCAGCAGAACACGUUCACCCGCUGGUGCAACGAGCACCUCAAGUGCGCCAACAAGACGGUGACCGACCUGCAGAAGGAUCUGGCGGACGGCCUCAGGCUCAUCUCGCUGCUGGAGGUGCUGAGUCAGAAGAGGAUGUACCGCAAGUACCACUCGAGGCCAAACUUCAGACAAAUGAAGCUCGAGAACGUGUCCGUGGCCCUGGAGUUUCUGGAGCGGGAGCACAUCAAGCUGGUGUCCAUAGACAGCAAAGCCAUCGUGGAUGGGAACCUGAAGCUGAUCCUGGGCCUUGUUUGGACACUGAUCCUGCACUACUCCAUCUCCAUGCCCAUGUGGGAUGACGAGGACGAGGAGGAGAUGAAGAAGCAGACGCCAAAGCAGCGCCUGCUGGGCUGGAUCCAGAACAAGGUCCCGCAAAUUCCCAUCACCAACUUCCAUCGCGACUGGCAAGACGGCAAGGCCCUGGGGGCACUGGUGGACAACUGCGCUCCCGGCCUGUGCCCCGACUGGCAGUCCUGGGACCCCAACAAGCCAGUGGACAAUGCUCGGGAGGCCAUGCAGCAGGCGGAUGACUGGCUCGGCGUCCCACAGGUAAUCGCCCCGGAGGAGAUCGUCGACCCCAAUGUGGACGAGCACUCGGUGAUGACCUACCUGUCGCAGUUCCCCAAGGCCAAGCUGAAGCCGGGGACCCCCCUCCGGCCCAAGAUCGACCCCAACAGCGUGAAGGCCUUCGGGCCAGGUAUCGAGCGCUCGGGUAACGAGGUGACGCGCCCCGCGAAGUUCACCGUGGAGACGCUCAACGCAGGUGUGGGCGAGGUGCUGGUGUACGUGGAGGACCCCGAGGGGCACACCGAGGAGGCCAAGGUGACGCCCAACAACGACAAGAGGCGCACCUUCUCCGUCGUGUACCACCCCAAGGUGGCCGGCCUGCACAAGGUGACUGUGCUGUUCGCCGGACAGCACAUCCCCGGCAGCGUGUUCCAGGUCGACGUGGCGACGGUCGCCGUGGGCGACGCCAGCAAGGUGACAGCACGGGGACCCGGCCUGGAGCCGAGCGGGAACGUGGCCCAUAAGCCCACCUACUUUGAGAUCUACACCGCGGGAGCGGGCGUGGGCGAGGUGGGCGUGGUGAUCGUGGACCCACAGGGCCGUGCCGACUCGGUGGAGGUGUCGCUGGAAGACCGCGGGAACAGCGUGUACCGUUGCACGUACCGGCCCGUCACCGAGGGCCCGCACGCUGUGCACAUCACCUUCGCCGGGGAGCCCAUCCCCCGCAGCCCCUACACCGUUGUCAUCUCGCAGGCCUGCAACCCGAGCGCGUGCCGCGCGUGGGGCCGCGGGCUGCAGCCCAAGGGAGUGCGCGUCAAGGAACACGCCGACUUCCGCGUGCACACCAAGGGCGCCGGCACAGGAGAGCUCAUUGUCACCAUCCGCGGCCCGCGUGGCACGGACGAGGCGGUGAAGCGCACAGACGUCGGCGAUGGCGUCUUCGAGUUCGAGUACUGCCCCGCGGCGCCCGGGAAGUACACGAUCACUAUCACUUGGGGCGGCCACAACAUCCCUCGCAGCCCUUUCGAGGUGAUCGUGGAGGUGGAGGCCGGCACACAGAAGGUGCGGGCCUGGGGGCCCGGCCUCGAGACCGGCGUUGUCGGGAAAUCGGCAAACUUCGUGGUGGAGGCCGUGGGGACAGAGGUCGGCACGCUCGGCUUUUCAAUCGAGGGGCCGUCGCAGGCGAAGAUCGAGUGCGAGGACAAGGGCGACGGCUCGUGCGACGUCUGCUACUGGCCCACGGAGCCGGGCGAGUACGCGGUGCACGUCGUGUGCGACGAUGAGGACAUCAAGGGCAGCCCCUUCAUCGCCCACAUCCUCCCGGCACCACUUGACCACUUCCCCGAGCGCGUCAAGGCCCACGGCCCGGGCCUGGCGCACACGGGCUGCGUGGUGGACGCGCCGGCAGAGUUCACCGUGGACGCUCGCGCCGCGGGGAGAGGGGCGCUCAAGAUCUAUGCCCAGAACGCCGAGGGGGAACUGAUCAAUGUGGAGGUCCGCGACAACCACGAUGGAACGUUCCACUGCUGCUACACUCCGCGCAAGGCCAUCAAGCACACCAUCAUCAUCGCGUGGGGCAGCGUCAACAUCCCACUCAGCCCCUUCAGGGUGAAUGUUGGAGAAGGGAGCCACCCGGAGAACGUGAAGGUGUACGGCCCGGGUGUGGAGAAAACCGGCCUCAAGGCCAACGAGCCGACCUACUUCACCGUCGACUGCAGCCAAGCCGGCCAAGGCGACGUGAGCAUCGGCAUUAAGUGCGCCCCAGGGGUCGUGGGCCCCACGGAGGCCGACAUUGACUUUAACAUCAUCAAAAACGACAACGACACCUUCACCGUCAAGUACUCGCCACCGGGUGCCGGCCGCUACACCAUCAUGGUGCUGUUCGCUGAGCAGGAAAUCCCGUCCAGCCCGUUCCGGGUGAAGGUCGACCCAUCACACGAUGCCAACAAGGUCAAGGCCGAGGGCCCGGGACUCCGGCCACAAGGCGUGGAAGUGGGCGUGCCAACCCACUUCACGGUGUUCACCAAGGGUGCCGGCAAGGCCGGACUCGAGGUCCACUUUACCAGCUCCACCAAGGGCGACGCCGUGCGCGACUUUGAGAUCAUUGACAACCACGACUUCACCUACACCGUGCGCUACACGGCCAUGCAGCAGGGCUCCAUGACGGUGGUGGUCACCUAUGGCGGGGACCACGUUCCCAAGAGCCCCUUCACCGUCGCCGUGGCGCCGGCACUGGACCUGAGCAAAGUUAAAGUCAGCGGCCUGCAGUCGCGCGUCGACGUGGGCCGCGAGCAGAGCUUCACCGUGGCAACACGCGACGCCGGCGGGCAGGGAAAGCUGGACGUGCGUGUGUGGGGGCCCUCGCGCAAGCCUGUGCCAUGCCGCAUAGAGCCGGCGCCCCCCGCGGCCGGGCCAGGCGCCCCCCUCUCCGUGCACUACGUGCCCAAGGAGGAGGGGCCCCACAAGGUGGAGGUGACGUACGACGGGCACCCGGUGCCCGACAGCCCCUUCGCCGUGGAGGCCAUCACGCCCGCCGACCCCACCAAGGUGCGUGCCUACGGGCCGGGCCUGAGUGGCGGUGAGGUGGGCAAGCCGGCGCCGUUCACCAUCGACACGAAGGGUGCCGGCACGGGCGGCUUGGGCCUCACGGUGGAGGGGCCGUGCGAGGCCAAGAUCCAGUGCCAGGACAACGGCGAUGGCUCGUGCUCCGUGUCGUACCUCCCGACGGCGCCGGGGGAGUACACCAUCAACAUUCUGUUCGCUGACACCCACGUGCCGGGCUCGCCCUUCCGAGCUCAGGUGCGCCCCUCGUUCGACCCGAGCAAGGUGACGGUUCGGGGCCCCGGGCUGGAGCGCGGCAAGGCGGGCGAGGCGUGCGUCUUCGCGGUGGACUGCUCCCGUGCCGGCACGGCCGAGCUCACUGUGGAGGUGGUGCAGGCGGACGGCGCAGCACGCGCCGAAGUGCGUGUCCACGACAACGGCGAUGGCACCUACGCCGUCACCUACGUGCCGCCCGGCCCGGGCCUGUACGCCGUCACCGUGAAGUACGGCGGGGUUCCCGUGCCGCGCGUGCCCGUGCGCGUGCGCAUCGAGCCGAUCGUCGACACCAGCGGAGUGCGCGUUUUCGGCCCCGGCGUGGAGCCUCGCGGCGUGCUGCGUGAGGUGAGCACCGAGUUCACCGUGGAUGCUCGCUCCCUGUUCUCUGCUCGCUCCACGACCACCACCACCACCACGACGACCACCGUGGCAAGGGGCAGCCCGGGGGUGGCUGCAGGGAAGGUGCGGGCGCGCCUCACGGGGCCGUCGGGCACCAAGACGGACGCCACGCUCACCGACCAGGGAGACGGCACCUACCGCGCCGAGUACACCGCCUACGAGGAGGGCGUGCACACGGUGGAGGUGACGGUGGACGAGGUGCCAGUUCCGCGGAGCCCGUUCCGCGUUGAGGUCAAGGAGGGCUGCGACCCCACCAGGGUGCGGGCCUACGGGCCCGGCCUGGAGGGAGGCCUCACGCACACCCCCAACCGCUUCACAGUGGAGACUCGCGGUGCGGGCACGGGCGGCCUGGGCCUGGCCAUCGAGGGCCCCUCCGAGGCCAAGAUGCUCUGCAAAGACAACAAAGAUGGCAGCUGCAGUGUGGAGUACAUCCCCUUCACCCCCGGGGACUAUGACAUCAACAUCACCUUCGGGGGCCUUCACAUCCCCAGGAGCCCGUUCCGGGUGCUGGUGAAGGACGCAGUGGAUGCCAGCAAGGUGCGCUGCUCGGGGCCUGGCUUGGGGCCUGCGGUACGCGCCGGGAUUCCGCAGACCUUUACGGUCGACUGCAGCAAGGCCGGUCGUGCCACGCUGGAGGUUAUGGUGCUGGAUCCACGCGGUCUGCCCGAGCCACUGGAGGUGCAGGACAACGGGGACGGUACGCACACGGUCAAUUACCUGACGAGCCAGGAUGGGCCCUACACCAUCGGGGUCAAGUACGGGGACCAGGAGGUGCCCCGCAGUCCAUUUAAGAUCAAAGUGCUGCCGACGCACGAUGCUAGCAAGGUGAAGGCGAGUGGGCCCGGCCUCAACUCGUCGGGCGUGUCGGCGAGCCUCCCUGUCGAGUUCACCAUCGACGCACGCGACGCCGGAGAGGGCCUCCUGACAGUGCAGAUCACGGACGCGAAGGGAAACACGUCCGAGGCGACGAUUUUCGUUCGCGAUUGGAAAUCCCGAGCGAUGGAGGGCUCAAAGCCUUCUCCCCAGGCCCCUCAGGCCGCCCCCCACUCCACCCCAACCACCUUCUCCGACCCGGACGGGAAGCCGAAAAAAGCGAACAUCAGGGACAACGGCGAUGGCACGUACACGGUGUCGUACGUGCCGGACAUGACGGGGCGCUACACGAUCACCAUCAAGUACGGCGGAGACGAGAUCCCCUACUCACCGUACCGCAUCCGCGCCCUGCCCACCGGCGACGCCAGCAAGUGCACCGUGACUGUGUCCAUCGGGGGCCACGGGCUGGGCGCCGGUGUGGGCCCCACGAUCCAGAUCAAUGAGGAGACGGUGAUCACGGUGGACGCCAAGGCGGCCGGCAAGGGCAAGGUGACGUGUUCGGUGUCCCGCCCCGACGGUGCCGAGCUGGACGUGGACGUGGUGGAGAACCGCGAUGGCACCUUCGACAUCUACUACACGGCGCCCGAGCCGGGCAACUACACCAUCACCGUGCGUUUCGGCGGCGAGCUGGUCCCCAACAGCCCCUUCCACGUGCUGGCCACGGACCAGCCGCCCCGCGGCACGGACGCCACCCCCGGCGGGCUCCGGCCGUUUAACCUCGUCAUCCCGUUCACCGUGCAGAAGGGGGAGAUCACCGGACAAGUCCGUAUGCCGUCAGGAAAGACGGCACGCCCGGACAUCACGGACAACAAGGACGGAACGGUGACGGUGAAGUACGCGCCAACAGAGCCCGGACUCCAUGAGAUGGAAAUCAAGUAUGACGGCAGCCACAUCCCAGGGAGCCCCCUGCAGUUCUACGUGGACGCGGUAAAUAGCGGAGUGGUGAGCGCCUUCGGGCCGGGGCUGUCCCAUGGCGUGGCCAACAAGCCGGCCAUCUUCACCAUCAUCACCAAGAACGCGGGCGAAGGAGGUCUCUCUCUGGCCGUGGAGGGGCCCUCCAAGGCGGAGAUCUCCUGCAAGGACAACAAGGACGGCACGUGCACCGUAUCCUACCUGCCCACCGCACCCGGCGCCUACAGCAUCAUCGUCAAGUUCGACGACCAGCACAUCCCGGGCAGCCCCUUCACCGCCAAGAUCAUCGGGGACGGCUCAGUGAGGACCACGCAGCUGAGUGUGGGCACCGCCACCGACGUCUCGCUCAAGAUCCUCGAGUCGGACCUGAGCUCGCUCUCCUCCAGCAUCUGCGCGCCGUCCGGCAAGGAGGAAGCCUGCCUGCUCAAGCGUCUGCCCAACGGACACAUCGGGAUCUCGUUCACGCCGCGCGAGGCAGGCGAGCACAUGGUGAGCGUGCGCAAGGGCGAGCGCCAUGUGGCCAACAGCCCAUUCCGCAUCACCGUGGGGCCGUCAGACAUCGGUGACGCGGCCAAGGUGAAGGCCUGGGGACGCGGCCUCUCCGAGGGACGCACCUAUGAGGUCGCCGAGUUCGUGGUGGACACGCGCGGCGCUGGUUACGGGGGCCUGGGCCUGUCCAUCGAGGGCCCCAGCAAGGUGGACAUCAACUGCGAGGACCAGGAGGACGGCACGUGCCGCGUCACCUACUGCCCCACAGAGCCCGGCACCUACAUCAUCAAUAUUAAGUUCUCCGACCAGCACGUGCCCGGGAGUCCAUUUUCGGUGAAGGUAUCAGGCGAGGGCCGCAUGAAGGAGAGCAUCACGCGGCGCCGCCAAGCACCGUCCAUCGCCACCGUGGGGUCCACCUGCGACCUCAACCUCAAGAUCCCCGGGAACUGGUUUCAGAUGGUGUCGGCGCAGGACCGGCUGACGCGCACGUUUACGCGCAGCAGCCACACAUACACGCGCACGGAGCGCACGGAGAUCAGCAAGACGCGCGGCGGGGAGACAAAGCGGGAGGUGCGCGUGGAGGAGUCCACGCAGGUGGGCGGCGGCGAGCCGCCGUCCUUCCCCGCUGUCUUCGGGGACCUCAUCGGCCGCGACACGCGCUCGCCCUUCCGUCCCGACGAGGCCGGCACGUACGAGCUGACAGCACAGGUGACGAGCCCCGGUGGGCGCACGGAGGAAGCCGAGAUCGUAGAGGGCGACGACGGCACAUACAGCGUGCGCUUCGUACCGCGCGAGACCGGCGCGCACACCGUCGCCGUGCGCUACCGCGGGCAGCACGUGCCCGGCAGCCCCUUCCAGUUCACGGUGGGGCCGCUCGGAGAGGGAGGCCCCAACAAGGUGCGCGCCAGCGGGCCGGGGCUGGAGCGAGGGGAGGCCGGCAUGCCGGCGGAGUUCAGCAUCUGGACGCGGGAGGCGGGGGCUGGGGGGCUCUCCAUCGCCAUCGAGGGCCCUAGCAAGGCCGAGAUCUCAUUUGAGGAUCGCAAGGACGGCUCCUGCGGGGUCUCUUACGUCGUCACCGAACCCGGCGACUACGAGGUGUCCAUCCGGUUCAAUGACGAGCACAUCCCCGACUCGCCCUUCACAGUGCCUGUGUCGGUGCCAUCCGAGGAGGCCAGGCGCCUCACCGUAGCCAGCCUGCAGGAAUCGGGGCUCAAGAUAAACCAGCCGGCAUCGUUUGCGGUGCAGCUGAAUGGCGCGCGCGGCUCCCUCGACGCCAAGAUGCUGUCUCCAUCAGGCGCCCUGGAGGCCUGCAGCAUCACAGAGAUCGACGCAGACAAGUUCGCGGUGCGGUUCCUGCCCAGGGAGAACGGCACGCACAGCGUGGAGGUGAAGUUCAAUGGGAGCCACAUCCCCGGCAGCCCCUUCCGCGUGCGCGUCGGCGACCCUGGCCAGACCGGCGACCCCAGCCUCGUGUCGGUGUAUGGAGCCGGGCUCGAGGGCGGCACCACUGGCUCACCAGCGGAAUUCGUGGUGGACACGCGGCGUGCCGGCGCCGGCGCCCUGGCCGUCACGGUGGAGGGGCCCUCCAAGGCUAAGUUGGACUGCGUGGAGAGCUCCGAGGGCUACCGCGUCAACUACACACCCAUGGCGCCCGGCACCUACAACAUCUCCGUCAAGUACGGCGGUCCCGGCCACGUGCCCGGCAGCCCCUACAAGGCCAAGGUCACAGGCCCUCGCCUCGCAGGAGGCCACAGCUCGCACGAGACGUCCACGGUGCUGGUGGAGACGGUCACCAAGUCAUCCUCGAAGGCCUCCUCCUCAACAGCCGCUGUGGCCACCACCUCGUCGUCCUCAUCGUCAGCGAGCGCCCUCACAGGGACGGUGUCCGCCACCAGGUUCACGUCCGACGCGACCAAGGUGGUGGCGCGGGGACCUGGGCUGACAAAGGCCUACACGGCACAGAAGAACACCUUCACUGUGGAUUGCAGCAACGCCGGUACCAACAUGCUGAUGGUGGGGGUGCAUGGGCCCCGCACGCCGUGCGAGGAAGUGCACGUGAAGCACAUGGGCAACCGCGUCUACAAUGUCACCUACAUGGUGAAGGAAAAGGGCGACUACGUCCUCAUCGUCAAGUGGGGCGACGACGGCAUCCCCGGCAGUCCCUUCCACGUCACCGUGCCCUAGGGCGGUGCUGGUGGCCACCAGUGGGACACGGGGCCGGGCAGCUACGGCUAGGGUUCGCUGCGACGACAAUACGGUGAUGAUGAUGAUAGUGCAACGACGAUACCGCGACGCGUUUCCGUAUGGACGAUGCCAUCCGCGAUAUCCAUAUCGCCCAUUUGGUAGAAUGUCACCGUGAUUGUCGUAACUCAAUUUAUUUUAUUUGUUGACGCAAUAUUUUAAAGAUUUUUUUGUAUUUAUCACGGUUGCUGAGCACAGCCCCCAAGCCCCCCCCUCCUCCAAGGCACGAUAAUUAAAGAUCCCAAGUAACCAGCUCGUCGUGGCCAUUACUGUAAAUCAGUCCUUUGCAAAAUGUUUUCUGGAGGUAUUAAAGGCAUGAUGAUCGUA